AGUGUCUCUCACGCACUUCCUCGGUGUCACUUCGUUUAUCUAAUUGGGUUUGGGUCUGAAUCUCUUUACCAUUUAUGAAUAUCGACUCUUUUUGAGCUUUGCUCUGCUUCACUGAAGCUGUUUGCUUCUGUUUUCGCUUCCUUCGAUGAAGUUAACCUCCAAAUCUCGUCGUCUUCUUCCGUGGGUUUUGUUGUUUUUACUUCGCGCCCACCGAGGAAUUCAGGGAUUAGUCUUUUCGGUUUGCAUUCUUGUUUCCCGCUCUGCAAUAGAAUGAAAAUUUUCUCAAGUGUUCUUUUGUUCUCGAGGAAGUAAAGAUGAAUACGAGGGUCCGGACGACGUUGCAGACAAUGAAAUCUCCAAUGAAGCAUGAAAAAAAGGAUAAGAUGGAGCAACAGGGAAGCAAAUUGGUGGAUUCUGAGAAAGCGAGUGUAAAUCGACGUCGUUCAAGCAAAGAGAGAAAAAUGGCCUUACUUCAAGAUGUUGAUAAACUCAAGAAGAAGCUUCGACAUGAAGAGAAUGUGCACAGAGCUUUGGAGAGGGCUUUCACAAGACCUUUGGGAGCUCUACCUCGUCUUCCUCCGUAUCUCCCUCCACACACACUGGAGCUUCUUGCAGAAGUGGCUGUUCUGGAAGAGGAAGUAGUGCGGCUUGAAGAACAAGUUGUGAAUUUCAGACACGGCCUCUAUCAGGAAGCUGUCUACAUUUCAUCCUCCAAAAAGAACAUGGACGGUAUACCCGAUUUGUAUGAGCCCCAUCCAUGUAAAAAUUCCAAACAGGAUCAAGCAAAAUCUUCAUCCCAAGCUGAAAGCAAUUCAACAACAUCCAUGAAUGGAGUAUCUCUGCCUGGCAAUUCUUCAGGUUUGACACAAUUGGUUUCUGGCUCUGUUUCUGAUCGAACUGGGCAUUGUUCCAAUCGGCCCACAAAUGUGAAACAAUCAGAGAAGAAACCUCAUGGCUCUUUGGCUUCUCCAGAAGACAAACGGGGCAAGGAGAAUCAAUCCUGCCCCAAUUCUACUAAGAAGAAUAAACAAUCCCCAAAGCAGAAAUCUCUAAAAAUCCGAACUCCAGUGAAACGACCUCUCAAUGAGCCUAGAUCAGAAGAAAAGAACUUGGAUCCUGUGAAGCUACAGCUAGAAUGCAAUAUCAGAGACCAAGAUAGAGCUGAAGACAGCACUCCAGCUAUUCCUGAAGAAACAAUAUCAGCUGAAAGUAGUGUGCCAAAUAAAAUCUCAGAGGAUAUUCUAAACUGCCUGUUGAGCAUUUACUUAAGGAUGAGCACACCGAAGAAAAGGGUAAUGGAAGCAGAGACAUUGUCUCCCUUAUUGGCACCAGCAUCUCAUGGAAGCUCUGAAGUAACAGAGACCCAAGAUCCUUAUGAUGCCUUCUUAGAAUUUGGAAAGAUAGACAUUGGUCCAUAUAAACAUCUAUUUGUCAUUGAGGCCAGCUCAAUUGAUCUAAACCCAAAAACAAAUUCUCUUUUUCUGACCCGUAGACUGAAGCUUCUCCUUGGGAAGCUUGCUUCUGUCGAUUUACAGGGUCUCAAUCAUCAGCAAAAGCUUGCAUUCUGGAUCAACAUCUAUAAUUCCUGCAUGAUGAAUGCGUUCCUAGAGCAUGGGAUACCUGAGAACCCCCAGAUGGUCGUUGCACUGAUGCAGAAGGCAAAGAUAAAUGUUGGUGGACAUUUGCUGAAUGCAAUGACAAUUGAGCAUUUCAUUUUGAGAUUGCCUUACCACUCAAACUAUGCCCACACUAAAGGUGCAAAAAAUGAUGAGAUGGCAGCCAGGAGAACCUUUGGACUAGAAUGGUCUGAACCUUUGGUUACAUUUGCCCUCUCCUGCGGUAGCUGGUCCUCUCCUGCUGUAAGAGUGUACACUGCAUCUCAAGUUGAAAAUGAGCUAGAAGCAGCAAAGAGGGACUAUCUGCAAGCAGCAAUUGGUAUCUCAACAGCAAGAAAAUUGGUGAUCCCCAAGUUGUUGGACUGGUAUCUGCUAGACUUUGCAAAAGAUUUGGAAUCUUUUCUGGACUGGAUCUGCCUACAGCUACCUGAUGAACUCAGGAAGGAUGCUGUUAAGUGCAUUGAGAGAGGGAGAAGAGAACCUUUUUUGCAGUUGGUAAAAGUAACACCAUAUGAAUUCAGUUUCAGGUACCUUAUACACCAGUAGAAGCUCUGUUUUUUCUCAGCAUAAUCUUUUGUUUACAUGCACUUGUGGGGGUCUUGGGAUGGAUAUGUACACCAGAAAUAUAAAAAAAGAAUAGGAAAAGUAAAUAUAUAAGCUAUCCAUUUGUAUGUAAUUGAGUAAGCAAUGUUACUUUUCUUCCAUGAAGGGGUUUUGGCUGCAAUUCAAAGUAUUCUUGACCCAAUGAGUUUCCU